UGACGUGAUACAUGGGCCGGCCGAAAACCUCCGCGUCGGAAGCACACGCGCUGCGUGGCGCCGUGACGGUAAAGGAUUUCCCUCGCUGUGCUCAGGCCGAGGCCAACCCGGCGCCCGCCUGGCUGUCCGCGCGAGCCUGGGCGGAGCUGCUCGCCAUGCGCAGGCUGGAGAGGCUUAGGGAGUUCGCCGAGUCCGUGCCCAAGGACAUCGACCGCUAUAAGGCCAUCUUCGACUCGCCGCAGCCCCACAGGGAGCCGCUGUCGGAACCGUGGCAGUCUAGGCUAGACGGCUUCCAGCGGCUGCUGCUGCUGCGCGCGCUGCGCCCGGACAAGCUCACUGAGGGGCUGCAGGACUGGCUGAGCCGCAUGCUCGGCCCGCGGUUUGUCGAGCCACAGGCCACGGACGUGGCGACCAUGUUCAAGGACGCCUCGGCCGCCAUCCCGCUCGUGUUCGUGCUGUCCACCGGCACCGACCCCGCUCAGGAACUCUUUUCGUUCGCCGACAAGAUGCGCAUGAGCAAGCGCCUGGGCGUGAUCUCCCUGGGCCAGGGACAGGGCCCGCGCGCGGAGCGGAUGCUGCUGCAGGCCGUGGAAGAGGGCUCGUGGGUCUUCUUUCAGAACUGUCACCUGGCGCCCAGCUGGAUGCCCCGCCUGGAGCAGCUGCUCGAGGGCGUGACGGAGGACACGGCGCACCGGGACUUUCGCAUCUGGCUCACGUCGACGCCUAGCCCGGCCUUCCCCGUGGCCAUCCUCCAGGCCUCGUCGAAGAUGACGGUCGAGCCCCCUCGGGGAGUCAAGGCCAACUUGCAGCGCGCUUUCAUGAGUCAACUCGGCGCAUUCGAGGACUUCUUCAACUCGGAGCAUUCCAAAGCUCUGCCGUUCCGCCGGCUCGCCCUGUCCCUCACGCUGUUCCACGCCAUCGUCCUGGAGAGGCGAAAGUUUGGCGCCUUGGGCUUCAACAUCCCGUACGAGUUCACCGAGGGAGACUUGCGCAUCUGCCUGUCGCAGCUGCGCAUGUUUCUGCUCGAGUACCACGACGUGCCCGUCAAGGUGGGUAAAAGUAGUGGUGGCCGCGCUGGGUUUUUGGCCAUAUUAAUAUUGUGGUGACUGAUUUAUAAUUCACACGCGGACCCGCACGUUUCCCGGUACACAAAUCUCUCGC